AAAUUGUUCAAAGGAAACAUCUCUCUCUCUCUCUCUCUCUCUCUCUCUUCAUUUUUCUUCCCCCCGCACCACACCAAACCCCUGGUCUUUUUCUUUCAGAGACACCUCUCUCUCUCUCUCUCUCUCUCUCUCUCCUCCCACUCCUUUUUCUCUUCCUUUGUCGUCUCCCCCAGACAUGUCUAGGGUUACUUCCCUUCUCCUUCCCUCUGUCACACUUCUCUAAACAGUUAGAGAGAGAGAAAGAGAGGCUUCGACUCGAUUCCUCUGUUUCUAUAAACCUCUUUCGAGCUCUCACUUCUGUGAUCUCUUACUCUUCUUCCCUCUACUAUGUUCUACACAGAUACGAAAUUGCCCGUUUGAAUCGCACGCUUCGACGAUGUUCCUGGUCAAACUUCCACUGAUUUUUAGCUGAAAUUGUAAUUUUUCUUUAUAAUUCGAGCGAGAUACAACGCGUGAAAUGCAACGUGGAGUUUGUUCCGUCGGAUUUCGUGGUGAAGUUUCAGCGUGCUCGGGCGAAAAGGUAGUUUAAGACAUAGAUUUCUUGGUUCUUGGAAGGUUGGAAUUGAAAUAGUUCAAUAAGAACUAAUUAAAGUUUCGACCUUUGGGAAACUGAGUUGAAGAAUGGAGCUUCUCUAAGCAGUAGUAUUUUCCAGCGUCACUAAAUACAGAACUGUUUUGUGAAUUUAUUGGAUAACUUUUCGUUGAGCAAAUUUGGCUGUUACCUUCAAAAUCAGGAGGAGUUGGUGCGUAAAACCCUCGGAAAAAAGCAAAAACCCCCGGGAGGGUAAUCUUCUGGUGCAGGCUGAAUCUGGGCCGUCCGUUUCAUCUUCUGAUAUCACGAGGGGAAUAAACCGUAGUAGUUGUCUUUGGGGAGUGGUGGAAAAUGGCGAUGGUAGUGGCGCGGCAGCAGCACAGCGGGAGCAGCAGCGGGGGGAGCAUCAGCAAGCAUCUGGACGCCGGGAAAUACGUCCGGUACACCGCCGAGCAGGUGGAGGCGCUCGAGCGGGUCUACGCAGAGUGUCCUAAGCCGAGCUCUUUGCGCCGGCAGCAGUUGAUACGGGAGUGUCCUAUUUUGUCCAACAUUGAAGCCAAGCAGAUCAAAGUUUGGUUUCAGAAUCGCAGAUGUCGAGAGAAGCAGCGAAAAGAGGCUUCCCGUCUGCAGACUGUGAACAGGAAGCUGACAGCUAUGAAUAAGUUGUUGAUGGAGGAGAAUGAUAGGUUGCAGAAACAGGUGUCCCAGUUGGUAUGCGAGAAUGGUUAUAUGCGGCAACAACUACAGAAUGCAUCAGCAGCUACGACUGAUGCAAGUUGUGAGUCUGUGGUAACCACUCCUCAGCAUUCUCUGAGAGAUGCUAAUAACCCGGCUGGACUCCUCUCAAUUGCAGAGGAGACAUUGGCAGAGUUCCUUUCCAAGGCUACGGGAACUGCUGUCGAUUGGGUCCAAAUGCCUGGGAUGAAGCCUGGUCCGGAUUCGGUUGGGAUCUUUGCCAUUUCACAUAGUUGUAGUGGAGUGGCAGCUCGAGCCUGUGGUCUAGUAAGUUUAGAACCUACAAAGAUCGCUGAGAUCCUUAAAGAUCGUCCUUCUUGGUUCCGAGACUGUCGGAGCCUCGAGGUUUUCACUAUGUUCCCUGCUGGAAACGGAGGAACAAUUGAACUCAUAUACACACAGAUAUAUGCUCCUACUACAUUGGCUCCUGCACGAGAUUUCUGGACUAUUAGAUACACGACAAGUUUGGACAAUGGCAGUCUUGUGGUUUGUGAGAGAUCACUGUCGGGUUCUGGUGCUGGUCCAAAUGUGGCUGCUGCUUCUCAGUUUGUGAGAGGUGAAAUGCUUCCAAGUGGUUAUUUGAUUCGGCCAUGUGAGGGUGGAGGGUCCAUUAUCCACAUAGUUGAUCAUCUGAACCUCGAGGCUUGGAGCGUGCCAGAGGUUCUGAGACCACUUUAUGAAUCAUCAAAAGUUGUUGCACAGAAAUUGACUAUCGCGGCAUUGCGCUAUAUCAGGCAAAUAGCUCAGGAGACAAGUGGCGAGGUGGUGUACGGCUUGGGAAGACAGCCAGCUGUUCUGCGUACUUUUAGCCAAAGAUUAAGCAGAGGCUUUAAUGAUGCUGUCAAUGGAUUCAAUGAUGAUGGCUGGUCAAUAAUGAGCUGUGAUGGUGCUGAAGAUGUCAUAGUUUCUGUUAAUUCAACCAAAAGUUUGUGUGCUACUUCUACUCAUUCUAAUUCCCUUUCAUUACUCGGAGGUAUUCUCUGUGCAAAGGCUUCCAUGCUACUCCAAAAUGUUCCGCCAGCAGUGCUGGUUCGAUUUCUGAGGGAGCAUCGCUCUGAAUGGGCAGACUUCAAUGUUGAUGCUUAUUCUGCUGCUGCUCUGAAAGCUAGCUCAUUUGCAUAUCCAGGGAUGAGGCCUACAAGGUUUACUGGGAGCCAAAUCAUCAUGCCACUUGGUCACACCAUCGAACAUGAGGAGAUGCUUGAAGUAAUACGACUUGAAGGCCAUUCUCUUGCUCAAGAAGAUGCAUUUGUGUCGAGGGACAUUCACCUUCUCCAGAUAUGUAGCGGAAUUGAUGAGAAUGCUGUGGGAACCUGCUCUGAACUUGUUUUUGCUCCAAUUGAUGAAAUGUUUCCCGAUGAUGCCCCACUGCUGCCCUCUGGUUUCCGGGUUAUCCCAUUGGAUCCAAAAUCAGGUGAUGCGCAGGACACUUUGACUGCCCAUCGGACUCUGGAUCUGACAUCCAGUCUUGAAGUGGGCCCAGCAACAAAUCUUGCUUCUGGGGAUGCAUCGUCAAAUUCUAACGCCCGAUCGGUGUUGACUAUUGCAUUUCAGUUCCCAUUUGAGACUAGUCUACAGGAUAGUAUAGCUGCAAUGGCUCGCCAAUAUGUCCGGAGCGUGAUUUCCUCUGUGCAGAGAGUUGCAAUGGCCAUUUCUCCAUCAGGAUUGAGCCCAACUGUGGGGCCAAAGCUAUCUCCUGGCUCUCCAGAAGCCCUAACUCUGGCUCAUUGGAUCUGCCAGAGCUAUAGUUACCACUUAGGCACAGAAUUGACGAGGUCUGAUUCUGAGGGCGCUGACUCAGUGUUGAAAAGUCUAUGGCAUCAUCCGGAUGCGAUAUUGUGCUGCUCCUUGAAGGCGCAUCCAGUCUUCGUAUUUGCAAAUCAAGCAGGGCUUGACAUGUUGGAAACAACUCUUGUGGCUUUACAAGAUAUCACUUUGGAUAAAAUAUUUGAUGAAUCUGGACGGAAGGUGUUAUUUUCUGAGUUUUCAAAGAUAAUGCAGCAGGGUUUUGCUUGCAUGCCAGCCGGAAUCUGCAUGUCGACAAUGGGCCGCCAUGUUUCGUAUGAACAAGCCAUCGCUUGGAAAGUCCUCGCUGCUGAAGAGAGUACUGUGCAUUGCCUCGCCUUCUCUUUCGUUAACUGGUCAUUUGUGUGAAUCUUGUUAUUAAUUCGUCCAGCUUCCUCCUCUUCGUAUGAACAAGCCAUCGCUUGGAAAGUCCUCGCUGCUGAAGAGAGUACUGUGCAUUGCCUCGACGUCUCUUUCGUUAACUGGUCAUUUGUGUGAAUCUUGUUAUUUAUUCGUCCAUCUCCCUCCUCUUCCCUCCAGUGAUGUGGGGAAAUCGGAGUAGAAAGGAGAAUAGAAAAGUUGCAAAUGGAGAAAGGGGAAGAGGAAAAAGAUUAAGUUUUGUAGUAGUAUUUAAUCCCAGCUUGAGGUUUGGAUUACGUUAAUUUAAUGAAUUCAAUCUCUCAUGUGUUGGUUUGUCAA